UUCCAUGACGUAGUCCUCUUGAUUUAAAGAGGCGUGUAGCAGUAGGUAGACGAUCCGCCUUUGCCCAACUACCAAAUGUUAUGUUCAAUUGUACACCAGUAUUACAUAACUCCCAUAUAUAUUACAUUACCACGACACAACAGUCUUUCUCGCUUCUCAAAUUAGCAAAUUAGCAAAUAAGCAGACGAAAUGGACGAAUCAAUUCUGCAAUCAGUUCUCCUACUAGCACUUGUAUCUUUCACCAUGUAUGUCACCUUUCACUUUUACAACAACCAACGUCGCCGUCGGCCUUUAUUCACCCCACCGUCUCCGCCGGCGCUCCCUGUAAUCGGUCACCUUCAUCUCCUAACCGACAUGCCCCACCACACCUUCACCCAACUCGCUCAUAAACUCGGCCCGAUCAUCCACCUUCAACUUGGCCAAGUCCCGACUGUAAUCAUCUCCUCCCCUCAACUCGCCGAACUCAUACUCAAAACCCAUGACCACAUCUUCGCUAGCCGCCCACAACUCAUUGCAGCUCAAUACCUCUCCUUCGGUUGCUCUGAUAUUACUUUUUCCCCUUACGGCCCUUACUGGCGCCAAGCUAGAAAAAUCUGCGUCACUGAGUUGUUGAGUUCGAAGCGAGUUAACUCAUUCCAGAUUAUAAGAAAUGAGGAAACUAACCGUAUGUUACGAAUGAUCUCCACUCAUUCUCACUCCGAGGCGGGUGAACUCGACAUGAGUCAGGUUUUCUUCGCUCUCGCGAAUGAUAUUUUGUGCAGGGUGGCGUUCGGGAAGAGAUUUAUUGAUCAUGAGUUGAAAGAGAAGAAGGAUUUGGUGAGUGUGUUGACGGAGACACAAGCUCUGUUAGCGGGGUUUUGUUUGGGGGAUUUUUUCCCCGAUUGGGAAUGGGUUAACUCAGUGAGUGGUAUGAAGAGGAGAUUGAUGAAGAACUUGAAAGAUUUAAGAGCGGUGUGCGAGGAGAUUAUACAAGAGCAUGUAGAAAGGAAGGGUGAAAAUAGCGAUGCUUCAUCAGACUUAGUUGACGUAUUGCUGAGAGUUCAGAAAAGAGAUGAUCUCCAAGUGCCCAUCACUGACGACAACCUUAAAGCUCUUAUUCUGGAUAUGUUUGUCGCUGGAACAGAUACAUCAGCAGCUACACUGGAAUGGACAAUGACAGAGUUGGCUAGGCAUCCAAGUGUUUUAGAAAAAGCACAAGAUGAAGUUAGGGAGAUUGCAGGUAAUAAAGGAAAAGUAGAAGAAUCUGAUCUUCAACACCUUCACUACAUGAAAGCAGUAAUAAAGGAGACAAUGCGACUACACCCCCCUGUCCCCCUUCUAGUACCUCGAGAAUCCAUGGAGAAAUGCACAAUCGCUGACUAUGAAAUACCUGCAAAAACUAGGAUACUAAUCAACACCUAUGCCAUUGGAAUGGAUCCAGAGUCAUGGACCAAUCCUCUGGACUACAAUCCUGGAAGGUUUCUUGAGGAGGACGUUGAUUUCAGGGGAUCACAAGAUUUCAGGUUCCUACCAUUUGGAGGGGGGAGAAGAGGUUGCCCAGGUUACGCCCUUGGUUUAGCUACUAUUGAGCUCUCAUUAGCUCGUUUGUUGUAUCACUUUGAUUGGAAAUUGCCUGCCGGAGUAGCAGCUCAAGAUGUGGACUUGUCGGAGAUUUUUGGAUUGGCUACUAGGAAAAAAGUGGCUCUAAAGCUUGUUCCAACCAUCAACAUGCUCUAUGUGUCCGAAGAAGAGGAGGAUCUGCAGUCAGCUACUCUCUGAUUUAAGACCUAAAAACAUCCUUAAUUUAAGACCUAAAAUAUUUCAAUAGAAUAUAGUUAUACUUUUAUGUGUAAAAACUAAUAAGUGUUUGAGAGAAAAUGCUAGAGAAAUAAAAGAAUGUGCAACUUGAUAUAAAUUAUCUAAUCAAAGGUAAAAGUAUACGAAAUGGAGAGUAUUAAGAUUUCUAUA